CAGCAAAUCGAUCUUACUUUUUCAAAAAUAUUUUAUCAUUAUUACUUUAUUUUAAGUUAUAAAUGUAUUGUAAUAUUGUAAAAUUUAUAGAUUAAUAUUUAAAUGUGGUCUACCGACAAUUAUGUGUUUAUCAAAUAUUAUUUAUGUUUCCACUAUCUACAAUUUGAGUCUUAUAGAAUUAGAUGUAUGUUUAAGUGUAAUUUAGUUGAGAUAUAUAAGUCUAUAUUAUUCUAAAAAAAGAUAAAAAAUAUACAAUCGUAUUAUAAAUCAUUAACCUUUGAACCUGUUAAAAACUAAAAUAAAAAUAUUUUAAUUGUCGUACUUAAAAUAUUAAUAUAAAAUAAUUCUUUAUUACAUAAUAAGAAUAGAUAAGAAUGAAAAUAUUCGUUAAUACAGUACACCAUUAAUGCAAACAUAUUUUAAUUAUGUUGUCGCACAAUAAAUUAAAAAUUGAGAAGUGUUUACUGACCACCCUAUAUUCGGCAGAAAUCAUAUGUCAGCAUCGUCUUGCGUGGGGUAUGGCAAGUUCAUGUUUUAGUAAUGUGGAUGAAUAUGGCUUUGAAAGACCUCAAGAUUUUGACUAUGAAACUUAUGAAGAUUUUAUCUCAGAAUACCUCAAAGUACUUGCAAAAAGAGCAAAAAAGUGGUCUGAAAUUAUUGGAGAAGGAAAAUCAUUACAACGUAAUAUUACAAUAAAGAGAUAUGUUCGUAAAGGUAUACCAGGAGAACAUAGAGGAUUAGUAUGGCUUUCUGUCAGUGGAGGAGAAGAAUUAAAAAAUGCAGAUCCUGAUCUUUAUCAGAAGCUACUACAACCUCCACAUAAUAAACAAGUUGCAGAUGUUAUUAAAACUGAUUUACCAAGAACUUUUCCUGAUAAUAUAUUUUUUAAUAAUACAGAAAAUCAACAGUAUCAAUUAUAUAACAUUCUAUUAGCAUUUGCUCAUCAGAAUAAAACAGUAGGAUAUUGUCAAGGCUUGAAUUAUAUAGCAGGAUUACUAUUGCUUGUUACAAAAAGCGAAGAAACAGCCUUUUGGUUGUUAAAAGUCCUAAUAGAAAAAAUUUUACCUGAUUAUUAUACUCCAACAAUGGAUGGCCUCCUUACAGAUAUCGAUGUGCUUGCAGAAUUAGUCAAAAUAAAAAUGCCAGAUAUUUACCAACAUGUAACGAAUAUAGGCUUACCUUGGCCAGUCAUUACAACGAAGUGGUUUGUGUGCUUAUUUGCAGAAGUAUUACCAAUUGAGACUACGCUGCGUAUAUGGGAUUGCCUUUUUUAUGAAGGCAGUAAAAUUAUAUUUCGGGUUGCAUUAACUCUCAUAAAAAGGAAUAAAUGCAACUUGCUUGCUUGUCAAGAUUUUACAACAUUAGCAGAAUGCUUUAAAGAAAUAACAAAAGACAGUAUUGUUUUAAAAUGUCAUGACUUUAUGCAGAGUAUAUUUAAAGUACCUGGAUCACUGCCUGGUAGCACAAUUAUUAAACUAAGAACAAAAAUAUCACGACAACAUUUGGAACAACAAAAGGAGAAUAAAUUAGGACGAUAGUACUAGUAACGAGACUUUACCUACUGAAAGAUUCUAGUCAAUAUAUUAUUUUAUUGUAAUUCCGAAAAAACGAAUGUACGGUAUAAGAUUAUUAAUAAUGUUGCAUCUGCAGUAUUCCUGUAAAUAUAAAAGUAAAGGAUAGCAUACCAGUAA